AUGUCUCGGAUUCUCACAAGUUUCAGCCAAGAAAUUGGCCUUGACUUACUCGCAUCAUCCUCUCGCGAUGUCCUGCUUCUUAUUUUUAUCAAGAUUGCUCGCAUGCUCGCAUUUGGCAUGUCCUCAAUUUUCCUAGUACAGUUCUUUAACGUUCACGGAUAUCCCGAUGAUCGUACCGGUUUCUUCAUGAGUUGUACUCUUAUUGGCGAUGUCAUAAUCUCUUACUUCCUUACAAUGAAUGCAGACCGCAUAGGCCGCAGACUCGUUCUUUGUGUGGGUGCGCUUCUCAUGGUCGCUUCCGGUAUCGUAUUUGCGCUUUCAAACAACUUUUAUAUUCUUCUGGCUGCUGCUGUUUUCGGUGUCAUUUCGCCAUCUGGUGCAGAUAUUGGUCCUUUCAAGGCUGUGGAGGAAUCCACUCUUGCUCAUCUUGUUCCUCCAGACCACCGCAACGAUAUUUAUGCUUGGUACUCGCUUGCUUCGGCACUAGCUGCAGCUGCUGGAAACAUCUCAGGGGGUUGGAUUGUUCAUUAUUUGAUGUCUAACCACCUCCAACUCUCUGAACUUGCCGCUUAUAAAGUUGUUUUUGUCAUUUUUUCUUUGCUAGGCGCUCUCAAGUUUCUUUUUUCAUUGUUUCUGACUCAUAGAGUUGAGUCUGAUGACUACCUUUCUUCAAAAAGUAAUAUCGAGCCUACUGAAAAUACCUCUCUUUUAGAAUCACCUACUGAUACCACAUCUCAAACUACCAAAAAGAAGUUUUCACUUCUUCCUGAACUUUCCUCGGAGUCUGUUAAGAUUGUCAUCCAACUCUCUUGUCUUUUUGCUAUGGAUUCUUUUGGUUCAUCGCUUGUACAACUCUCAUGGAUUUCUUAUUACAUUACCUCUAAGUUCCAUAUUAACCCUGAGAUUCUGGGUACCGCAUUUUUCAUCACCGGGUUCAUUGGAGCAUUUACUAUGCUUAUCAGUUCUUCUAUUGCUAAGCGUCUUGGCCCUGUUCUUACUAUGGCUUUGACACACUUCCCAUCCUCUUUCCUAAUCAUUUUUAUCCCUAUGCCUUCCACUUUUCUUGUUACUUUUAUUAUUCUUAUUGUACGUUCUUGCACUUCCCAGAUGGAUGUGGCUCCUAGACAGGCCUUUUUGUCCAUGGUUGUGCGCUCCUCUGAAAGAACAGCAGUCAUGGGGUGGGUCAAUGUCGUCAAAACAUGCUCACAGGUUUUUGGUCCAACAAUUGCAGGUUAUCUUGCAAGUUUGCACAAACAAUGGGUUUGUUUUAUUCUUGCCGGUACUCUUAAAGUUACCUAUGAUGCUUUAAUUCUUUUAACUUUUGCACUUAAAGACGUUAACCGUGAACAUUCUUGA